AAAAAGGUUAUUGUAUUAACUUAUGUUUUGAAUAGAGGCCCAGGCCUAUAUAAAUAAGUAUGGGCCGAAUCCAUAUUUCCCAACCCUAAUCCACAUCACAUAUAUAACGAACUCACAACUUGAAAUCCUGCACAGAAAGAAAGCCCUAGAGAUCCCCUUCGUUUCGUUGCUGCAACACACAGAAAUGGCCGCCGCCGCCCGACCCCUCGUCACCGUGCAAGCUCUGGAAUCAGACAUGGCUACCGACGGUGCGAGCCUCCCACUCCCUGAGGUAAUGAAAGCUUCUAUCCGCCCUGACAUUGUUAAUUUCGUCCACUCCAACAUCUCCAAAAACUCCCGUCAACCUUACGCCGUUUCCCGAAAAGCCGGUCACCAGACCUCCGCCGAGUCAUGGGGUACAGGACGUGCUGUAUCUCGUAUCCCCCGUGUUCCCGGUGGUGGUACUCACCGUGCCGGUCAAGGUGCUUUCGGUAACAUGUGUCGUGGUGGUCGUAUGUUCGCACCUACGAGGAUCUGGCGCCGUUGGCACAGGAAGAUCAAUGUGAACCAGAAGAGAUACGCAGUUGUUUCAGCGAUCGCUGCUUCUGCUGUUCCGUCGCUUGUGAUGGCGCGUGGACAUCGUAUCGAAUCGGUUCCCGAGCUUCCAUUGGUUGUUAGCGAUUCCGCUGAAGGCGUUGAGAAGACUCAAAACGCUAUUAAGGUAUUGAAGCAGAUCGGAGCUUUUCCUGAUGCUGAGAAAGCUAAGGAUUCCGUUGGAAUCCGUCCUGGAAAGGGAAAAAUGAGGAACAGGAGGUAUAUUUCCAGGAAAGGACCAUUGAUUGUUUAUGGAACUGAAGGCGCGAAGCUAGUGAAAGCAUUCAGGAACAUUCCAGGUGUCGAAGUAGCUAAUGUGGAGAGAUUGAACUUGCUGAAGCUAGCUCCAGGUGGUCACCUUGGGAGGUUCAUUAUCUGGACGAAAUCUGCGUUUGAGAAGUUGGAUUCGAUCUAUGGAUCGUUUGAGAAGACAAGUGAGAAGAAGAGGGGUUACGUAUUGCCUAGGGCAAAGAUGGCGAAUGCUGAUUUGGCUAGGAUUAUUAACUCCGAUGAGGUGCAGUCAGUAGUGAAGCCAAUUAAGAAGGAGGUGAAGAGAGCUCCAAUGAAGAAGAACCCAUUGAAGAACUUGAACACCAUGCUGAGAUUGAAUCCUUAUGCCAAGACUGCUAAGAGGAUGGCUUUGCUUGCUGAGGAACAGAGGAAGAAGUCCAAGAAGGAGAAGCUUGAUAGGAUGAGAAAACCAAUUACCAAGGUGGAGGCAGCAGAGAUCAAGAUAGCUAGCAAGGCAUGGUAUAAGACUAUGAUUUCGGAUAGUGAUUAUGCUGAGUUUGAUGUUUUCACCAAGUGGCUUGGAGUUUCACAGUGAUUUUCCUUUUCUUUUGAUUCUUGUGUUGCUUCGUUUUGUUAGGUUUUUUAAACAAUCCCAGAUAGAAGUUGAUACCGAGUACCUUAUGUUUUAUCAUUCUGUUAGACAUACGUUUUUAUCUGUGUUCUAUUGCUGGUUUCAUCUGGCAUCGAGUUUUGUUAUGAUUGCAUUUUUGGUUAAAACAAUGGCAUGUCGUUUGUGUUAUAA